CAAAUUUCCCUUGAGGGGGAUUUGUAGCUAACUGUACAUAUGCUCCACUUUUAGUGUUAACCUCUUUCCAUGAAACCCAUUCAGCACAAAACAGAUAAACACACGGAGAGUUCAAUGCACACUUAAAUGCAUGCACACACGAAUGCACACACACACACACACAAACGUCACGCUGCAGAGGCCAGCGCACCCAACUCUACCUCAACUCGACUCAAAAUUCUGCUGUUCAAGCAACAAGCUCCUCCCGCCCGAAAGAGAAGCAGAGACGUCAAUCACCCUUCAAAGGCCCGUCAAUCACUCUGAUGGACUGAUCGGAAUUCCGCGACGCUCUCGGUUUGUGCGUUGGCAUUCUUGAAACGCAACGCUGGCUGGUUUGAUUAAUCAUUGCUGCCUGAGCGGUCGAUACAAGAGGCUGAUUCGGCCCGAGGAGCAGGACGCGUCCACAACCGUGUGCACUUGGAGCUUGUCCCUCAGAAACACAGUCUUAUGGUUCUCAUGGAUGGAGAUUUACAGUAAGACAAAUAUAUAAACAUUAUAUCUUAUAUAUCAGAGUCUAAGGUUAACGCCCGCUGAGAGGAAGAGCAGUUGGAUUCUUCCAGCUCCUUGUAUCCACCUUUACUGAGUUAAGGAGAGAAGUAUAGGAAAAGACUUUUCAGACUUUGAGUACACUCAUUAACCAACUUCCUCUCUUGUCUCUUAAACUGUACGAGUCUUUAGUGUUGCAUUAAAAAUAGAAGUAUAAUUCAGGUUAGAUAAUGCUCUUCCUUCCCUCCAACACUUUCUCAAACAUCCUCAAAGUAUUUCCGAUCUCAGCGGCACAACAAACAGCAAAGGUAACAGGAAACGUCCUCAAAGGACUCCAGCCCAGUUUUGAGAUUUUGAUGUAUUACUCCAUGACCGAGCUGCUGCUGCUUUUGAAGACUCAGAGUGAGAACAGAAGCUUCGGGUAUCAUUUCAUGUUUGGACAGUUUGUUUGUCUUCCACAUGCAGCAUCUGCUCAGCUCCUCCUCAUGUUUGUAUUGUGUCUAGAAAGACUCAAAAGGCAACAUAUGAGUAUAAAGAGACCACACACCUGCCAGACUGUUCAGAGAGAAGAUUCGUCUGACAGCCAAAGUCCUCCUGAAAUCUUCUCUGAUAGACACAGUGCAGUUCCUGUAACCUAAUCCGAUGUAAGACCUGGAUCUGUUAGAGUUUGCAGAGCGUGCAGACUAAAUAUCUUUACCGCUGUUUCUUUUAAAGGACCAACAUCUGACAACAUUUGACGGACAAAGAUCUUGGUGAUCUUGCGGGGUCACUGACAGGCCCUCGAAAUCUCCUAUGAGGAAGCUUCAGACCCUUUUAGAGGUUUUGGGGUGAACACAUUAACCAGCAUGAGUUGUUUUAGACUUGUUCUGGACAUCAGCAGGUCUUUCUGAGUCUUUGAUUCUCUGGUACUAAGGUUGUCCCUCAGAUAAAUCAGAUGCAGAUCAGACUACCUGACUCUCUUGGAUUGAUGAUUUGAGGGCCAGAUUUUUCCACCUUCCUGAUCAGAGCUGGCCCAAGGUAUAAGCAAACUAAGCAUCUGCUCAGGGCCCUGCGGCCAAUAGGGGGCUUACUUAGACUUAGUUCCUCCCAUUCCUAUUGGAACAUUGGGCGAUGAGUCUCCACCAUUUGCUCCGGUCCCCAGCGACCCUUCUUGCUCCAUGCCAGCUGACUCCCAUCUCGCUCAGGUCUUCCUUGGCUGUUUGUCUCCAUGUCUUCUUUGGCCUCCCUCUGUCGCCACACUUGCCGGUCUCUCUCUCUUGGCAGUCAGAGUCCAUGUCCGGUCAUUCUCUUUCACUCAGAGACGAUGUCAGACAAGGGUGCUACACCUGCUCUUCUCAUCACCUCUUCAUCAGUGAUGUGGUCUCUCCAUGAGAUCUUUAGGAUGGAUCUGAGGCAUCGUCAAUGGAAGACAUCCAACUUGUUGGUGAUGCUGAUAGUCUUUGUCCACGUCUCACAUGCGUAGGUCACUGUAGGGAUGACCACUGACAUAUAGAGGCAUAGCUUUGUGGCCGUGAUGAUGGAUUUCGAUGACCAGAUGUUCCAGAGUUGUUGGAAGACUCCUGCAGCUUUGCUGAUUCUGGUCUGUACGUCUUUCUCCACGUCUCCAGUAUUUGAGAUGUUGCUUUCGAGGUAUGUGAAGUUCUUGAUGAACUCUAUGUCUUGUUCGCGUAUGGUAGGUGGUGGAAGGUGUUGAUGUUGUGGGACGGCACCCCAAGAGCAAUCAAAAAAUAUAUACAUGUAUUUUUUUUUUUUUUUUUUGCAGGUAUGAGUGAUGCUUUCUGUAUGACCAAAUACAUAUUAUUGUUAAAAUAAAAUACAGUAAAAACAUUUUAGUGCUGCUGUUGAUGUAGGUCUAUGAUUCUUACUGCCAAUAUGUCAAAGCUCUGCUACAGUUAUGUACCUCCUGCUGUGCAAUGUGCACUGAGCAUCCAAAGAGCAGGUAGUUGUGGGGCAAAACAAUGUUGCAAAAAAGGACAUAUCCUUCAGGAGCAGAGAAAGAAAGAGGAAGAAGAGAAAAAAACACCAAGAUGAAGGUCUGUUUGCAUUUCAGGGAAUGUUAAUCAAAGAGAUUUGUGAAGGUGUGUGUGAAUGAGGCUUGGACCGGCUUUGUUCCUGAUAGAAACACAGUUAAAGUUCUUCUCAGUAUGUUUUUCACUUCUGUUCGAAAAGUUAUCCUGCUUGAUUGGAAAAUAAAAAAAAACCUUUUGUAAAUAGGAGUUCAGGCAAGUGGCAACAAGGGAAAUUACCUGACUGUCCUCCCGCUCUCCUGACAGAAUUUGCAGAUUUAAAGCUGAAUACAAGAUUAAAGGUUUUGUUGAGAUGAAUGUCCUGAGGGUCCAAUCUCAAUCUGAAGUCUCUGCUCUCCUCUGCUGCUUUUUUGAUGAAUAAUAGGAGCGGGGACAGAGGCAGAGGAGAGAGAUAUGUGUGAGCAUUAAAUGUGUAUUCAUCAGGACUGGGCCCGGCCAUUGACAGGCUAAUCAAUGUUUAGUAAUAAGGCUGAAUGUGGAAUGAGGUGUGGGGGGUCUGGGUCGGGACGGAGGGGAAAGAGAUAUCAAUUAAGCAGGGAACUGCAGAGUCUGGGCCCGAGGAGCUGAGACGGCAAUAUCCAGACUCUGGUUCAUUAACUAAACAGUGUGUGCUGAAUGCAAAACUCCAGUGGCCACCCUUCACUUCCACCCCCUCCUCUCAACUCCACCACCACCACCAGCCAAGGCACCCAUCCCAAAUGUAAGCGGCUGCCUUAUUCAAUGGAAAUGAGGGGGUCUCUGCAGCAGGUAGGAAAACGCCUCUGAUAGCUCACAUAAUGAAAUACCUCAGAGGGCGUGCGGGGAAAUCACAUCCACGCAUGAUGCAAUAAAGUGAAAUGUGCAGGGCGCCUGCAGGUUGGAAAUGCAAAACAAGAGCUAAACACAUUAGCAAAUUAUAUUGAGAGAUAUUUGCAUACAAUAUGCAUUCUGUGUAAAUUAGCAGAAACAGUGGGUAAAGUAAAUAGACUCAUUGCCAGCUCACACUUUGUCUCCAGAGUGGAAAACAAGCCAAAGAAAUAAUUAUGUAGUUUUUCACAAAAAGGGAGUACGAGUGGGGGUGCAACUUCCAGCAAAACGCUAUAUCCUGUUUCUGAAGCUAAAGGGCUCAGCGAGACCUCCACCCAGGCCACAGAGCCGAUCACCCACAGUACUCUGACCUGCAGGUGUAGCUACUACAUAUCGGAUCAGUCAGAUCAACUAUAAUGUGAAGUAGAUCAUGAUAAAACAUAACAGAUCAGCAGUAUUUGACCGCCGAUCUCGCCUGAUUGAGACACUGGGGCCCGGCUAUUUUGGUAGGUAAUUCUAGUCAUUCAGAACUCUUAAGGUCCUUACACACCGGGAACGACGCAAAUAUAUGACGUGAAAUUACGAAAUAUUCAGAGGAGAAUUUUGACGCGCUUGACUAUACACAUAAAGCGCGAUGUGACGCGUCCUGGAUGGAAGCGAGAAGACUGACCCAACAGCAGACUGAGUGUUUUUCAGUUCUGAUUAGACAUGGUAGGAGAAAACAUACUUUGAAUCUUUGCAACUCCUUUAAUUCAGGUUUAUUGGCAGAUUUCUUCAACAGUAGGCUGAAACAGAUUCAGUUUCCAACCCGGUAACAGCAGCUAAGCUAAAUGGCACCACACAGAAACUGCCCACCUGAUUUGUUUAUAUUCAGCGAACCCAUAAUGACCAACACUACAAACCAACAUGACAACGAAUCUGAGUCUAUCGAACACAGGCAAACCAAUGUGCGCCCUGAUUUCUGGUGCUGGCUGCAGUCUUAGCUCAUGUUACAACCUUUUACCAAGUUUUACAAAAAACUGGGACUGUGUUUUUUCCACAACCAUGAUGACAAACAAAUAACAGGAAUCAGAAUCAGAAUCCUCCAAAGAGGUAAGAAACUAGUCUGCGUCAGUACGCAUUUCUAAAAGUACUUAAUGAAUAAGGUUCACCAACAACUGAAGCACUAGUGAUUUUAUUAAACUCCCUAAACUCCACUUAAAUCUCCAAGGUCAGCCCCACCCUCUUAAGACGUCGUAUUUCUGCAAAAGCAAUGAUGAAAAUUGCUGUACCCCAAAGUCUCCAACCCUGCCCAUCAGUUAAAACCAUUAAGAAUACAAAGAACCUCAAUACUUCCUUAUGGGGAUACAAGUUAAUAUACUGCUGCAACCACAGAUUUGAUAUAAUGAAUAAUUCACUUGUUGUCUGAAGGUUGUGAGCUCCACAGAGCCCAAACCUGCAGCUGUUAUUCCCAAUCUCAGGAGAGCAAUUUACAGCCCAUGAGAGGCCCUGACACCCGACACCUUUUCACUCUUUAUUAAAUGCAUUCACCUUGUUGAUGAUGCAUUAGGAAUCCCAAAGUGGCCCACCGCCAAAUAUCUCCAGAAUUCACAUUCCUCUCAACAGCUCAUCUCAUUUAUCCACCGAACAGUCUUAUAACUGUGGAAACAACUCUUCAAACUGACCCGGUACCGUCUUCUCUGAGCGUGUCAAAAGUACUGAAGUGUUCAAGUGUUGUGUUACUGUUUUAAAGUUGGGUUACAAGUUACUGUUACUGUCAUUUUCUAACAUUUUGUUUCUUAUUUUUCCAAUCAGUCGAUUCGUUGAUAGUCUGUAUUUAUUUAUGAUUAAAGAUGAAUAAUUUUCAGCAUUUCUAAACCCAAUAUGAAGCUAAAAACCCACUUUUGUUCCUCGGCUUUUGACCCAGCAUGAGACUGCAUUUGUUUAUUGCUUUUUUAUGGUUUUUUAAAAAUAUUUGAAACAACUAUUUAUUGUUGUUUUAUGUUUUUAUGUUCUGAACAGCACUUUGUGUCAGCUUUGUUUGUAUUUAAAGUGCUCUAUAAAUAAAGUUGAGUUGAGUAUAUGAGACCAAGUUUGCACAGGAAAUGGUAGAAACUGAAAAAAUUUACCAUAAUAUACUUUUUAGAAGUUUGACUGAGAGAAUAUUGACUGUUUCUUCACUGAAAAAUGACUCAAACCUACGAACACAGCCAUGUUUUAGUUAUUUAUGUGUGAGCCGAUGUAAGCCAAUCACAUAUUUUUCUUAAUUAGUUCCGGCAACCUCCCUUUUCUCGUCUUUUCUGAUUCUCACAAACACUUAUACGCUGACGAUACUGUCAUAUUUACUUCCAAACAGACAAGCUAACUUUGAUGUUUGGUUGUUGAAUUAUUACUUAAUAAAAGUUAAACCGAUUUGAUGUUUGGUUUAGACUGAGACCAAAGACCCUAAAUCUUAUCCUUUAUUCUGAAAAUGAUACCAGGAGACCGCUCAAACAUGGUGCACGUGGUUGGAAGCUCUAAAAUGCUUGUAAAGGUUCCCCCCUUCAGAAUAGACGAGAUAAUAAACAACAGUACAGAUGAGCUAGGCUGCAUGUUUGUGUGUAUUAAAGAUGUUUUUAAAAUAAAGUUAUUUACCUGAAUUGGUCUCACUAAAAGUUCUUAAGUCUUAAUGUUUGAUUUUCUAAUAGAGUUUGUCGUCUGUGUGGCUAAAAUUUCAUGUUUUUCUCGUGUUUUGUUACACGAUUUGAUUUGUACUGUGAGACCUCAAGUAUAACAUCCCUCAGACGAGAAUUACCCAUCAGCCCCUGCAAGUUUAGCUUAAACAUUGGGGUUGUGUUUCUGGGACACGAUUCAUGUCUUGAUGCAGAGAGUAAAAUUCAAUAUACUGCUUUUCUUAACGCAAAGAGAUCAAAUAACAAACUUGACUUGUUGUAUUUAUAUUGGUCACAGUCCCUAAAGCAUCAAAUAUCAUCACAGUACAUUUACGCCUUCUGUAGAGAUUACCUUUAAUCCGCCUAAACGUAGAAGACUUUAAUCUUUGCAUCUGAAAUAUUUCUUCAAAGUUGACUGUUUAGGAGGCACCAUUUUCCAACCUCUCUGACACAACUUCACUACCAACACAAUACAAUUUCCUCCAAACAGGUGACACAAAAACAACCAUUAUUCUGAAAUUUGUGCUCAAAACAACAAUUCCAACUACCCAUGUUGGACAAAAUACUCCAUGUUUCCAAAAUAUAAAAGCAGAAUUAAAAAAAUACUCUGUCUACAACGAUGCAAAGAUGACAGGAGGGUUUAGUUGCAAUGAGGUUCUGCAUGCGAGGAGGCCCUGAUGAAUAGGCAACUUUGGAGGCAGCAGGGAUGAGUAAAUGUUGCUUCCAGCAGAGAGGGGGACUGCAGCUGACCUCAAAAUUGUCAUGUCUGCACACGAGGAGGGGAAACAAUGAAAACAUGCAGGAAACGCUGCGCUGUGGCUGCUCAGAUACGUCACGUCUUGAUGCAUGUAGAAGGAAAAACAUUGGAAAUGGAGGAAGUGGAUGUUAGAUUGAUCUGCUCUUUUCCUCCUCUGGUGUUUUGUGGGUUAGGCCGAAUGUGCGAGCGGGGCUGCAGCAGGAGAAUGACUUGCUGUUAAUUGAUUAAUGGAUCACUUGUAAUGAAAGAAGAAAUUACAAGCAGAGCUUCACCACAAAUGAUUGUGUUAUCGAACCAGCAAGACUGCAGAGAGGACGUUUCUCUGAGAGGCAGAAAAGAACCGGAAAAUGAACAAAAAUGUUGAUUUUUUUUUUCUGUUUUUGGAUGAAAUCAACAUCGUCAAGCUGAAAGAAAAACCAUCUUCUCCUUCAACACGAGCCUGAACAAGAGAUUGUGUGUCUGUGUUUGUGUUAUUUGCUAAUAACAGCUUCAGGAGUCAGAAAUAAGAGCAUCAUCCAAAUGUCACAACACGCAGGGCCCUCAGACUCCUCUUUUCUCUCCACAUGCCUGUUGACACUCUGAGUGUGCGCGUCCUGCACGUACACCGCCCACUAGCGGUCGCUAUCGACCCCCUGCAUGGAUUCAUUGCGACUUCAUUUAACACACUUGUACGUGCAGGCUUCACGUGCACAUGAGCAACAACGCACUCAACCCAAAGGCAACUUCUUCAAGAUUCACCUGGAUUCAUGUUCUCCUCAAAGGAGGAGCGCUGAUUUUCAUGCACGUCCCAAACGGCAGAAAAAGCAAUAAAAAUGCAAAUUUCAAUUUGAUCAAAUUACACACACAUCAGUAUUUCCACUCAUGAAGUCCACCUCAUGCCUCUGCUUACCUGAUAAACACUACCGUUUCCCACAAAUAGAUCCCCAGCGCGUUUAGUCGGCACAUUUUUGCCAGUCUCAUUUUGUUUUGGAGGAGGGGGGAUAAGGUGUUCCUGAAGGGGAGGGGGGUCACACUCUUGAGAGGAUGAAAAAUCCCCCUCCAGAGAGAAAAAAGAAAAAAUCCUUCAGUGGUAGGAGAGGAGGAGGAAGAGGAGGAGAGGGGAUGGGGGGGUUGUGGUUAUGGUUUAUGACCUCCAAGGUGAGCCGGCAAUGUUCCGAUUCUUCCCCUCAGAUUCCGGAGUCGCCGGUGCUGAGCCGCGGGAUGCUCAUGACCUCACCGGCCGUGAAAUCAUGCUCGUGUCCGCUCACACUCCCUCCGGCGAGAAAUCCACUAAAUCCAGCCCGAGAUAGUGUUCAGGACCACGGACAGAGGCAGGCGGAGGUACCGGUGGGGCUGCGGGGGGAGAAAGCUCGUCCAGGUUUUGGCUCCGAGGGGGGACAGAGAGGGGAGGAGGAGGAGGAUGGGGGUGCUCGAGAGGAGGUUAGUCGCUCACAGGCUGUUGUUAAUUGACACACAAUUACACCCUCUUAAGUCCAGUCUGCGCGAUCCACAGCGCGUAAAGGGGGAAUCAGACAUAUUCCUGUGAAAAGAGCUGUUGGAUCAGCGGGCAGCUGCGUCUCACUGUCUCCAGAGGUCUUCGAAACUGUGCAGGAGCGUUAAAUCCCCUAAUUCCACACACUGAAUAGUCCCACACAGAGGAGUGCGUCUCUCAGAUCUGAAGGAUGGCUCUCACAUGCAUCCCACAGGAAGCUGGAGCGCUGCUCUGGAUCCGUGCGUAUCGGCUGUUGCGGGAGUCCCGGAGCUGCUGCUGCUGCUGCUGCUGCUCAGAGAGGGGGAUCUGCAGGUAGAAGUGGUCGGCCUCCUUUUCUUCUUCUCCCUGUCCUUCCUCUUCACCUCCUCCUGCUGCCUCUUCUUCCUCUCGUAGCUGUCUCCCAGGGGCGAGUAGUAGUAGAAGUAGUAGUAGUAGUAGUACUUGGCGCUGAGGCAGCACGGCUCAGCUACUCCCAUUGUCUGGUGGUGGUCAAGUUGGAGACGCACCUGCGGCCGCCGCUGCUGCUGCUGCUGCUGCUGCUGCGCUCCGCAUCCGCUCCCAUCCGGGCACCGCGUCCGUCAAAGCAGAAAAAAAACCUGUAUGUAUCCCCUCCAGACAGGUGAGAGUGUUAUAAGCACGUAGAGAGCUGCGUUUCGGACCGAUAGGGACCCUCUUCCAUGGUAGGAGAGCGGCAGCGACACUGGCCCCUGCCCCGGCGCACUCACACACACUCACGUACACACACACACGGACGGAGGUACAGUAUGAACGGAUCAGCCAGCCCCGGCGCGCUCCGACACUGUAUUUUCUUGCUGCAGUCAUUUAGCAAACUCCAAAAAACGCACCUCACAGCAGACAGACACGCCCACUCGGUGUUCUCAUUGGUCAGCGAGGUCCUGAGAGCGCCUCUGAUUGGCUGUUGGAGUUGUCACUAGCUGGGAAUGAGCUCUGCCCCUCCUGCACGAAUCCGCCUGAGGAGGAAUCUGUGUAAUAAGAACUUAUUGAUGAGUUUACACGGACCUUACAGACAUAUUGUAAGGAAGAUAGAUUAUAUAGAUGCUAAAGGGAGGUGAAACUGCACUUAUGAGAAAUUAAAUAGCUUUUUUUUCCCCCUCAGCAUCGAGCUUUUCAAACCCUGAAGUGGCACAAAAUGAUGCAUGUGCAAAAGUGAUGAAAACUAAGUGGAAAUAAAAAACAGAGGUGCUGAGAUUUUAAAGUCGUUUUGCUCUUAGCAUUAAAAGUGCAGUGAUUUAUCGCUUUAAACCCUCAUCCGAAUGAACUUAAUCUCAAAGUUUUCCCUUAGAUUUGUCCUCGAAGAGCCAGAAUGUUUAUUCUGAAUGAGAAAAGUGAAUAAAACUCCAAAUAUAAGCACUUUAAGAUGAGUAAGUCUCAUUAUAGCACAAGUCUGGUGAGUUCAUCAGUGGAUGCUAAGCUAAAAAUGGCUAAUAAGAAACUCUCCAUCUCUAAAAACAACAAAAACAGGAUAUAAACAGUCUGCAAACAUGACAGGAGAAGUUGACCUGGUGUCUUUCUGGCACAAGUCUAGGGUAGGGCUGUACAAUUUAUCAAUUUUAAACCGUGAUCAGAUUAUUUGACUAUGACAAUGUCAAAAAAAUUAAAAUCAUCAAAGGGAUUUUCCUCUCUAUCAUGUCUCGCACCUCUAGGCCACCGUAGGCUCCCUGUUCCUGCAGUUCCCUCACACACCAGCGUAAACAAACAUGGCGUUUGAAAAAGAAGGCGAUAAUUUCGUGGUUAGAUAGGACAAGAGCGAGUCAGUCAUGUGGAAUUCGUACGACUUCACAGUUUCAGAAGAAGAACAAACCACUCCCCGCUGCAAAGUCUGUCUGAAGGUGGUAUCAACCCGUCCACACAGGAUUAAACGCUUAAGUUUUUUGUCGUAUUGGCGUAUUGUCGUAUUUCAUCCACACGGCAAAACAACGUUUCAGGUGACUGUAAACGGUACUUUUUGAAAACGGGUCAGAGAGUGAAUAAAUCUGUAAACAACGACCAUUUAAAAAAAAUAAUAAUUUUUUUUGGCCAAGUCAUGCAGCCCUAGUCUGGGGCAUUUGAAGCUCCUCCCAGAUUUAAAUUAACACCUAUACCUCUUCAUGAUAUAAUCUAAUUAAUGUUUUGAAGUGUAGCAGAUCAAGCCCUUCAGAGAGUUACUACUUUUUGCAGGUGGUGUUCAUGGACUUUGGCUAAAUGUGAUUUUGAUUCUUUCACAUGAGACACAAACAGUGGAGUGAAUCAGAAAGACUCGGGUUAAGAUGUCCAUGCUGUGUUGGUGAAAAAGGCUGAACCAUACACAAAUCAAGGAUCAAAUUAUAGGCAAACACAACAACAACAAAACUUACCUUAAAAGUGCACAGAUCCAAACUCCACAAAGGUCCAAAAAUACAGAGCAGCCAAAGAGUAAUCCACCAAGAAUAAACAGAUCAGACUCAAUUACUGGUGCAGGUAAAAAAACUGGUGAUAAAACACAGGUGAGACAAACUUCCCCUCUUACUUCUUCUUUCUCUUUAAUGGUGGUUGACAAACAAACUCAGGGUGCAAUACUGCCACCAGCAGGACGGGAGUGUGAAUCAGGAGACAGAGAAAUGAUCUGAGUGAUCCUGGUUCUCCAAACUUUGUCUUCUGAGUGCGACAGCCGGGAAGUGUGAUACCUGCUCAGGUGAACAUGCAGAGAUUGGUCUGAAUAAGUAAUGUUUGUGUCCAAUCUGGAAUUGAUUUCACUUCCUCAGCUUAUGUGGCUCAAGUCUUUGCAGCACUAUCUCUGGAAACGCUGCAUCAUUUGCAUAUUGAUGGUUUGUAAUUCCAAAGAGGAUUACACAAACUAAUCCGAUAAUUUUACAACAGGCUUUUACAAUGCACUUAUACUGCUUGCUAGAGUGCUCAGAUCACUGAAAUAUUGAUAUGAUAUUCCAACAAGCUCUUCUUUUAUAUUUAAGGAGCACUUUCUACCUCUGCACACACACAAAAAUACACAAAAAACACACACAAAAGCACACACAAACAUCCUCCUCCUCAGGAUCGUUUUGUCCAAAGUGUCCGCUGGAACGUGACUCUGAUUCUGAGGCCCGCAGGCACACGAGGAAUCACAAGGCUGAGUGAUACUGGGACUGGAGAGCACACACUGACACACACACAAUAACACACACUGACACACUCACACACACACACUCACA